AUGCCAGGCCCCAAGCCUCAGUCUUUCGGCGUAGUCCUCUACCCAGGCUUCCAACUCACGGACGUCUGUGGCCCCAUCGACGUCCUCAACACGCUCUCCACGCACAACCCCUCCAUAACGCUCUCCCUCGUCGCCGAAACCGCGACCCCCAUCUCCACCUCCCCGAAACAGUGGCCCGCCAACAUGGGCAUGGAACCCUUCCAGACCUCGCAGUCCCUCUGCGCAACGCACACCUUCGCCACCGCGCCCCAGUUCGACGUGCUACUCAUCCCGGGCGGCAUGGGUUGCUUUGACCCCGCCAACAAAGGACAGCCCAACCGGGCCGUCCUCGACCCCAUCGUCGCCUUCGUCAAGAAGCAGUACCCGGGGCUCAUGUACCUGCUGACGGUGUGCACGGGGUCCGGGAUUGUGAGCCAGACGGGGCUGCUGGACGGCAAGAAGGCAACGACGUUUAAGGGCGCGUGGGGCGUGAUUCCGAAGUGGCGGCCGCAGGUCGAGUGGGUGCCGCGGGCGCGGUGGACGGUGGAUGGCAGGAUCUGGACGAGUUCUGGGGUCAGCUCGGGGACCGAUUUGAUGUUUGCGUUUGUGAAGGAGAUUUUUGGCGAGGGCAUUGCGAGUGAUAUUGCGAAGUGGAUGGAGUAUAAUCGGCAUGAGGAUGCCGCGGAGGAUCCGUUUGGGAUUGAAGGAUAG